AUGUAUAUCGAUAAUAAUUUAUUCAAAGAUAUUCAAAAUUUGACCACAUCAACGAUAGCCAAUGGACAUAAUCCAUUAUCUAAUGACGACAAUGACAUGACACGCAUUCUAUCUUAUGCAAUACCAUUGUCAUGUGUAGUAAUAGUUAUGGUUCUGCUGGUAGCUACUGGUAUUAAUCGUCGUCAACGCGUUUUAGAAAAAUGGACAUCAUUAAAACGAAUGAGAAAUACGAAUCCACGUUGUAUUAAUGAUUCCGUUUUACGGCGUGAUUCUGAAUAUGAUUUAUGCACUGAUAGUUUAGAAAAUAUGACCAUUGCCAAUGAAGAUCGACAAAAUCACCAAGAACACGAAUUUCGUAUGGCAACAAUUUCAUAA